CUGCCAUUGUAAACAAGUGUCAAUUGGCAGGUCUCUGUGGUUCCAAGAACAAGUUUGAUGAUCAAAGAGACGAGUUGAAUGUGGAUGGACCGAGUCAGGAGGAGACAAUGUUUUACCCAGGACGUAUUACUGAUGAUGGUCUUACCAAGAAAGAACAGUUAUGUAGUGAACCUUUCUGUACACCUGAGGUAGACGAAGACCGAAAGCCUGAUGAUUUCCCAGUUGUGAAAACUGAACCUGGAUCUCAUUGUAGCUGUAGCUGUGACAGCAUUGAUAGAGAUGUAAAACCUGACUUUGGAAGUGUGGGGACUGAGGUAAUGGAAGAGUUUGGUUCUACCUUGAUGCUACAUCUGGAAGAGGAAAGUACUGCUGCUGUCGAAAGUGAACCUUUUGAUAGAAAAAUAAAGCGUAAUUUUGAAGUACCAUGCAGUGAAAAUGAUGAUGGCAGACGGGCUGUGGAAAACAAAUGUAGUGACAUUGAGAUUAAAGAGGAGCCUUUGUUUUUAUUUCCUGAAGAACAAGAAAUAUCAGCUAGAUCUGUCCAGUGCUCAAAAAGUGCUGAUAUUGUUGUGAAAGAAGAACUACAGUCUGAACUUUACACAGGUCAUAGUCUAGAAGUGGAACCUGAAGUGGAGAAUUAUAAUGUGAAGCAGGAAGUGUUGGAGCCGGAGGGUGAACCUGUGUUGAAUCAUUCCAGUCAAGCUGAAGGAAUGCAACUGCAGAUCUCUGAUGUUUGGAGUUUGUGUAUGGAGCAGAGUUCAGACCCAAGUAAAGAAAGGAUUUCUUCUGUUAUCCUUGACCCAGAGAAAGCUUUUGAUCCCCAUCAUGGCAAAGCGUAUGAUAGAGAAAUGCACUCCAAAGGUGUAAAUGAUGGUUAUGGCCAGAAGCCAAAAGAUUGCACUUCUACAAUAAAGACAGUAAAGCUGAACACCAAUAUGGAAGUAAUUUAUGUCACUCAUAUGCCCACUCAGGUAUCUGAAGAAAAAUGGGUCAAUGAAGAAGGUAGGCCUAUUGCCAUAAAGUCUAGCGUGCCAUGUGGCUUCAGCUCUGACAUUGUUGGACUGUCCGAGUGUCACGUUUCAAACUUGAAUCUUUCUCGCGCCCAGUCUCUCGCCACUUCCGUGAAUUGUACGCAGUCUUCUGAUGUUACAUUACCUCAACUUCUCAAAGAGAGUCACGCUGGACAAAAUGACGCCGGUCUCCCCGAUGGACCCGAGUUUGUGAGUGGCAAAAAAACAAAUGCUGGAGAAAAACCUAAGUACAAGUGUGAAGUUUGUGGUAAAAGGGUUUCCUGCAAAAGGAGUCAUCAAAAAACACACAGUGGAGAAAAGCCUUACAAGUGUGAAGUUUGUGGUUCAUGGUUCAGAAGUAACAGCAAUUUAAAGAGGCAUAAACAAACACACACGGGAGAAAAGCUGUUCAAGUGUGAAGUUUGUGGUUUAAGUUUUGCCUACAGUUGCAGUCUUAAGAAUCACAAGGUAAAACACACUGGAGAAAAGCCUUAUAUGUGUGAAGUUUGUGGCGCAGAGUUUACAGAUAGGUUCAAACUUUACAGGCAUAAACACAGUCAUUCAGGAGAAAAACCUUACAAGUGUGAAGUUUGUGGAAAAAGGUUUGCCCAAAGGCACCGGCUAAAGAGUCAUGCACGAAUACACACCGGAGAAAAGCCGUAUGAGUGUGAUGUUUGUGGCUCAAGUUUUACGUUUCGCUAUUAUCUAAACGCUCACAAAAGAAUACACACUGGGGAAAAGCGUUUCAAGUGUGAUGUUUGUGAUUUACGGUUCACAACCAGCUACAGUUUAACUUGUCACAAAAGAACUCACACCGGAGAGAAACCUUACAAGUGUGAAGUUUGCGGCAAAGCGUAUGUACAGAAAAGAGACUUGGCAAGUCACAAAGAAAGGCACCGCUGAGGAAAAAACUUUCGCCUGAGAUGUCUGCGGUGUGAGGUGUAGUAAACAACGACAGUCUCAGUAAAGAGUAGGACCUACCGGCGGCUCCCUCCAACCCCACCGUUGUAAAACUGCUUUGAUUCAUAUCUCUACAUCUAUGGCAUUAUCUGUCCCCCGCGGUUUUAUGCCAAAGAAAUUCUUAAAUUAUGCAAACUGAGCCCAAAAAUGUGAAAUU